GGGCCGAUACAGAUUUUAAUAAACAACUAUUGCCCGAUUCCGAUUUGGGUCAAUCGCAUACAGUUCUAUACAAUACUAGUUUAUUUUACUGAACUUUAGUUGGAUCCUUUUAACAUUUUAAGAGAUGUACAACUGUUAAUGUGCCUGUAAAUGUAAGUUAAGAUGAAAAUACACUAAGACAUCAUGAUAAUCUUCAAAGGUUAUUUUUGCUAUCCAAUAUUUCUUUAAUUAAAAACAAAUCAAAUUUGACUUCAAAUGGAUAAUUUCUUUAAUAAAUUAAAGUCUGUGCUUCUGCUAUUUACAGUAAUUAUUUUGCUCUGGGAAAAAUAUAAUAUUCAGACAUCCAACUCAUUGCCUACAUGCAGUUAUUUAUAAACCAGGGACCUAUGAAAUCCAUAAGAUUUUUUUCACCAAAUUCAAUUUUAUUUUUCUAGAUUCUGUUUGCUUUCUUUUUGUGGUGUACAACUAUGUUUAUAUGAACCAGUGUCUUACAUCUUAUGUUUUUUUUUCAUUUGCUGUUUUAAGUCUACUUGCGUUUAAUUACUAGUAGAUUUUAAGUAGCAGGUUUGUAAUGAGGUUUUGACGGCUUGCCGAAUGCAUAAAAGUAAUGUUUGACUGCAGCUUCACUCAAAUGAAACUGUGAAAUGCGUCUGAGAUAAACUCUGUUAGAUCAGCGCUGAUUCAGUGUAUGUGUUCGAGUCCACCAGAUGCUAAAAGUCCACUACAGUGAGUUACACAAAACCACACCACUCACACACACAGAACAAGCAGAUUGAAUAUUUGAACAGCAGCUGAAUCAUUAUUGCCGCUAUUUAUAGCACAAUUGUUCAGCGUUACUUUCUGGCGUUUGCUACUUUCCAUCUGUGUUUCCACUUCACGGAAAUCAAAGGUCUCAAACCAUCUGUAUCGGACUUUUUCAUGCUUUUGCCGAUAUAAAGAUGGUGAUAAAUUAAUCUAAUAUCGGCCGAUGCAUCGGUGCAUCCCUAUUACUAACAUAUUGUGCUGCCCCAACCAGCUCGGCUCUUCUGAAAUAAGUCUCAUUAUUAUGCUUAGUUUUAGUCAAACAUACUAACUGUGAAGGUAUUAUUAGCUUUAAUCUGCUGUUUACUAUUUAAACCAUUACACAAUUUCCCUGUAGUGUGGAUCUUAUUCCAGUAGGAUUUAAUGGUGUUGGUUCACAUGCUCCAGAUAACAUCCCUCUGAUAUUACUACAGACACCAUAAUAGUUAACCUUGAGAUCUGUACAGUUCCCAUUAUAACCAUUAAAGUCCCCGUGAACCGGAAUUUGUGAUCGUUCUUACUUCCGUAUUCUGACACAUUUCCGGGGGAAAAUUAAUUUCAAAGGAGAAAAUGUGUGGGCGUGGCUUGCGUUUUUCACUGCGAAUGAUUGGAUGUGUUAAAAGAGCUGCUGCAUUGAUUUCGAAAAGAAACUGGGAGGAGACUGACAGUUGAAGGGGAGGAGUUAACAGCUCACCCAAGCCGUUUAAUUUACGUCAUUUGAGAUGGAUCGUCAUUUCAGGGCGGAAGUGUAUUUUCAGAUUUUAACUGAAGAAUACGAGGACACAUGCGUUUUUAAAAUAGAAAAUGACCCAUAUUGAUAAACUAUUUACAAUUAACGCUUUAAUAUUUCAUGAAAAAAUAAGAAUUGUCCUUUUAAUUUCACUGGGACUUUAAAUCCAGUAUAAUUACUCAGAUGUUUCUAUUUUUUUCUCAGAAGUACAUCGUGUUCGCUAGAGAGUUGUUUAUAUUUAUGUGUAUCAUAGAAGUAUUUACACAUCUGACGUGUGAUUAUAUUGUACAAACACACAGUAGAGAACACUAAUAGUCUUUAUCCAGCAGAUGGCAUCGCGUGCGCCAGUGUGACUCUUCAGCAUCCGUUCAUCUGUUCACUCGUCAACCGCGACGUGACCAUGACACACACGACCUGAAGACGGAAAAAAACAACCGCGUUCUCGUCCUCCGUGGGCGCAGUGAUGUCUGAGACGCCAUGCCCGAUCUGCCGCUCCGCCUGCUGCUCGUUGCGCUGAUCUUCUGCGGGGACGCGUGCGUGGGUCGAGCGGAGGGUGGGGUGCUCUCCCACGGCCUCGCCUCGCUGUCGGAGGAGGACAAUGGGAGCGACGCGCGGAAGGAUGCGCCGGAGUCUGUGUCAGGCUCGUCCCUGACGCUGAAGGUUUGGGUGAAGGAUUCGUCCAGUCAGAGGUUUCUGAAAGGAGCUGUGGUGUGUGUGUUUGUGAACGGAUCUCAGAUUCACUCCAGUCAAACUCUGGAGAAUGGAGAGGUCACUCUUACCGUCCCGUAUCACCUGGGACUGACCCUCAACCUGGUGGCCCGCCGGGAGGGUUAUGUGCUCAGCCAGCUGCCUUGGAAAACCAGCAAGAUGCCCAUUUUUUCAGUCAUUACCAUGUCCCUGCGUCCUCAAACUCAAGGAAACAUCUGGCUGUUUGAGGAUACUGUGCUGAUAACUCGAAAAACAUCUGAUCUGUCAUUUCAACCAAGUGUUCAGUUUCCCAAAAGUCUUCUGAAACUGCCUGAGAACAGCAGCGCGUCUAUGCUGACGGCGUAUCUGACAUCUGCAGCUCUGCUCACAGAAAAAGACUCACAUUUCUUUACUCUCAGCCACAGCGUUACAGGUUACAGAAAUGUGAAGUUGAGUCCGUUGGUGAUGAUCAGCGCUCAGUUAGUGUAUAAUGGAAAUGAGGUUGACGUCCAAGGCCCCGUUCAACUGACUGCACCGCUUCCCCAUCACACUCAUCUCAAAUCCUCUGACAGCAUUCCUGCAUGGACCUUUGACAUGAGCACAGGUACUUGGGUGAAUAAAGGUCUGGGAACUGUUCGGAUGGAGAAAAACGGCCUUGUGUGGACCUAUGUAGCACCUCGUGUCGGGAUCUGGAUAGCAGCACCGUCACCAUCCUCAGGUUUUAUGGGGUUUGCGGGCUCAAUGGAUUUCAUUUCUUACCACACAUACCUGCUGGUUGGUAUCUUGGGAGGAACUCUUGUCGUAGUCAUUGGAUUUUUAUCUGUGAUUGUAUUUCACUGCAGAGGUUUGAACCGUGAGGCCAGGAGAAGGCGAUGGAAUUCCACCAGACUCACGGUACUGAAGAAAGACCAGACCACCUCCACCAGCACGGAUGAGACUCAAGAACUCUUCUUUCGCAAUGGCGAUCGGUGUUAUUCAUUGGCCGCGAGAGCCAUUGGGCACGAUUCGUCAGACUCCCCACGACACCAGGCCAAUUACAACAUUUAUGUGGAAACUGUGGGUCGGCCGGUGGGCAAUCUGUAUGAGAACAUUGGAUGUAUGGGAUUGGAAAGCUUCAGAGGACAAGCGUCUAACCUCUACAUUAACAGCGAUGAAGUGGCAAAGCUUCGAGAAAUAUCAGAACAGAGUGGUGCGGAGAAUGUUGUGUUUAGUGACAAGCUGUUCCAUAUCUACAAUCAGCCCAUAGCUAUCAUGCAGGCCCCGGAGCUCUUUAAUGCCCAAACAGAGGCUUCAGCAAGCAGAUCUGCAACUUUCCCGAGGAACGGGAUGGAACAUGGAAACUUAGAAAACUUAAAAGAUGGGUUCACCCAGACGAUGUCCAAAGUCCCUCAGCAAGACACCGACCAACCGCAGGCCCUGGAAGGAGCUCAGGCCACCGCCGCUAACCCGGGCCUGUGGGGACGCUACAGUCAUCUCCUGGAGUCCGUGUCUGUCCCGGGAACCUUGAACGAAGCAGCUAGAAUGGGGCCUUUCCGAGGGGAACUCCAGGGAAUAUCGGAGCAGACCUUGCUGGAGCUCUCCAAGGGCAAGCCCUCCAUUCACCCGCCCCGCGCCUGGUUUGUGUCUCUGGAUGGUAAACCGGCUGCUCAAGUCCGUCACUCCGUAAUCGAUGUUCAGGGACGUCAUCGGCCCGGCAGCAGCAAUGACACAAGCCUGGACUCCGGAGUAGACAUGAACGAGCUCCAGCAGCCGCUGAGGAAAAGAGAGGAUCCGUCCAGUGCCAGCAUGCCUAGGAUUAGUGUCAGUCAGGAGCAGGACUUGAGCAGUAGUGAAGUCGGGAGUCCCGAGGACACGUCCUUGAGGAACACCCUGGAGAGCAGCAGCGCCGCCAUUCCCAACAUCCCUGAAGACCGCGACCCGGGCGACACCUCCAGCGAGUCCAAAUCUACGCCUCCACCGCGGAGGCUGCGGAAGGUUCGAGAUAGGAAGCUAGAGAAGAAGACGUCUCGACACAUGAGGGAUGAGAGACCCCAGACGAAACACUAGCUGAAUAAGACGUGUGUAUGUGUAGCUUUAUGGUGUCUGAUCAAAAUAAUCAAAAUUGCCUUAUUAAAGAAACAUCAGGAAGAAUGAAUUUAACACAAACGUCUGUCUUGCCCUGCCCUGACUCGUCGCUGGCUGUAUUCAGUAUUUUUUCGGCGGUUUAUUUGGUUGAAAUUUUACAGCCACAAUGUUUUUACAAACUUCUUUCAACAUAUUUGUUUAUCUUCAAAAGUCAAGGUAUGUUAUGUGUAUAUAUCUACAUCUUUCUAAACAUUUGUUGUCCUGUGAGCACAAUGCUCUUCUAGUUCGGGGGAUUCAUUUUCAUUAUAAAAUUGAAUUGAUACAAAUCAGUUUAUUCAUGAAGAUACACAGGAAACUGCCACAGAGUGUCAUGAACACAAGACAGCGAUGGACUGAGAAAAUGAGCACUGGAAACAUAAAGUGAAGCACUCGAUCCAUAUGUGUAUGUUUUUGAGAGAGCGACUGAGGGGUCAUUUUUACUCCCUGUACUUCUUUACUGUAUUAUUGCUAGUGUCACGUGCAUGCGUUCAUCAUUUAAUGUGUUCAUGUGUAAGAAUGUAGAAGACGUCUCAGGUUAUGCCUGACAUCACAGGUCAUGACUCUGGCACGUUUGAAUGAUUCUUGUGCUAUUCUCAUGUACUGUUGGAUCUUCACUAUUUUGACAGUUUGUCUCUUUAUUCAUGAGAAACAAGUUCCUUGUUGUCAGGCAUUAAAUUAAAAUAACAUUUGACAAUUUAACCGAACUUUGACUGAGAAAGAGGGAAUGUUUUUUUUCAUCUCAGUUAUUUUUCAUCGUAGCGUCUCUUAUUUACUAAACUAUAACAUAUUGUUUUAUAUUCAGCUAUUUAAUAUAUUCAAUUGUAAUAUACUAGUUUGUAAGGAUUAUGAUUUUGUGGAUGCUUUAUGACACAGCUUGUAAUCUGCCUUUUUGUGCACAUUUAAUAAAGAUU